UUCAAAUUUAUGUAUUGUGUGUGGUCAGGUUUCUUUUUUGAUGGAGUGCACAUUCGAUCACGAACAAAGCAAUGCAAUAGAAGUAUUGAGGUCAGAAGAAAAACCUGUCAAACGCAAUAAUAACCUUCGAGUCAAAAUAAAAUUGCUGACACCUGUCAAGCAUGAAGCAAAUGAAUCUACAAAUUACUCUAUCACUAACGAACAAAUCAAAGAAGGCAGAGAUCCUAUUAUUCUGAGAGAAAAAGAAGCAUCAAGCAAGGAAUCACCCACUUUCGAAGCUAAAGAAAUCGACAAUAUGCACCCCUGCAAACUCUGUCCAAAGUCCUUUCAUUCUGUCAAAGCACUUCACGGGCACAUGAGGACUCAUCCAAAGGAAGAAAUGAAAGAAAAGGAAAAGAAUGAGGAAGAAUUUACUGCAACUUUUAAGAAAAUACGCUCCAAUCCACACAUCCCUUGGUAUGAAAUCUUAAAGUGGAAAUCAAAAGAAGAAAGAACUCUACGAAAGCAAUAUCCACCUGGUCCUAUAACUGACCCUGAAGUAUUUGAGGGAGCUAAAGAUCUUAUGUGUCUCUAUAAUGAAGGAAAAGAAUCGAAUACAGAAAUUAAAUCCCAGGUUGAAGACAAGAUUGACAAACAGGUUGGUCAGGAUCCUGAUGUUGAGAUUACUGCAAAAUUGUCAGUUGACACUAACCAGGACGAUGACAAUAAUAAUGAACCAGUAGCAAAGAAGAUUAAAUUGGUGGAGUCAUCGAAGGGAGCCUAUGUUUGUGGUACUUGCAGCAAGUCAUUCACGUGUCAUCAAGCGCUCGGUGGGCAUGCUACUAGUCAUAGCAAAGAUAAAAAUAAGAAAGGAGAAGGAGAUGAUGACGGAUUGAAGGGAGAUAGAAAGAAAUCAGGAGAUGAAAAGAAGCACGUAUGCGAAAUUUGCAGCGCAAGCUUUACAACUGGGCAAGCUCUUGGAGGGCAUAAGAGAGCACACUAUGAUACUGACAAGCUCAAAAAGACAAAGAAAGAAGUUGAUCAAGUGCAAAAUGUUAGCGAAGAUACCGAUGGAGAUUUGGUUGAAUUACCAUUGGCAAUUGCUAUGGAAGGAGCUGGUCAAGCUCAAACUGUUACUGAAGAUAUUGGUCAGAUUUUGAGUGAAUUCCCAUUUCUAAAUGCUGUGGAAGAAGCUAAUCAAGUUCGAGCUGGUAAUGAAGAAAAUGGUAGAGUUUUUGGUGAGCCAAGAUCAGCAGGUAAUCAUACAGGUCUACCCUUCGUUUUUUAUCUCAAUCAGCCAGCAAUUUGGGAAGGGGAGAUGAUGUAUUCACGAGUUUAAUUUUUAGGAUUAUUUUGUAUGAACUAUAUAUUUAUAAUGUGUUGCAUGAUGCAGU